UCCGAGGAAGAAGAAAUGGCGACCAACGCUGCAGAUGCGGGGGAGGAGAAGAAGAUCAGCCUGGUCGUGGAGUUCUCCGGCGGCCUGGAGAUGCUCUUCUCCGACGAGCGGCGUCACUCGCUCUCCAUCCCGGCGGUGAACAAGGACGGCAAGCCCGCAAACAUUGCCUUUCUGAUUGACUAUCUAUGCGAGAACACUAUGAAGGACACCAGGAAGGAGCUUUUCGUCCUCGAUGGUCAUCUGUACGUCCCAGAGUCUCAUCACAUCCCCGGGUCUCCAUCCUUCAGCAUCUCCUGCGUUCUCGGGGAAGCCAUGCAAGAUGCGCAGACGCAUCGCCACCCCUUCCCGGCUAUCACCAAACCCCAUAUCUUAUGCCUCAUGCGAAUCGGGUGCAACGCUAACGCGGUCUUUUCUAGCCGGCCGGGCAUCCUGGCUCUCAUCAAUGACGCAGACUGGGAGCUGGAGGGAGAGGAGGCGUAUGAAGUUCAGAGCGGUGACAAUAUUCUGUUCGUCUCGACACUUCAUGGAGGUUAG